GAAACUAACCGAACUCAUUGGUUCUCUCUUUAAAUUGGGAAAGAGUGGAGCAACAGAGGAAAACAACCCUGUGGUCAAAAAUGGCAUGAACUUCUUACGCUCCAAACAAGAGGAAAUAAACUCAAAUCGGCAGCAAAAUACGAUUCAACCUACUGCUGAACAAAUUAAAAGGCUCCGGUGUCAAAAAGAGGCGUUUUCUCGGCUUUCAGCUAAUAAGCCAAUAUCAGACAGGCUAUUUCUUGGUAUGCUGAAAAGUGAAGACGUCGAGCAGGUUACACAGCUAAAUGAACUGAUCGAGCAGACUAAGAUAAAGAUCUCACCUUCGUUUAAUUUGGACACCGAAGAAGAAGCGGCUGUUGCAGUCUCCAUGUUUCCAACUCCUCAGAAAGUUGAACAAAUGAGAGAGGCUGCCGAGAAACGAGAGAUAGAACUAAAUAAUAGAAUCAAAAAACGUAUUCAAGAGCUAGAACAGUUACCUGGUAAUCUGUCAAAUGAACCGGUUAAUGUUGGUGGUCGACCUAACCGUAAUGCAGCGGGACCGAGGGUUAAAGCGUUGAUCGAACGAAAGGGUUAUAAAUUAAGAGCAUGUCAGCAGAAAUUACGUAAUGAAGUCAUGCAAUAUUCGAUAUACCGACGACCAGCGCGCAUCAUUUCCUUAAAACAAUAUGAACGUCCGGCACCUAAGAUAUUAAAAAAUGCGGCAUAUUAUGAAAACCUUGAGAGGGAAAAACGAGAGACAUAUAGACGUCGUAUCAAAGAAGAACGUUCGGCAUAUUUCAAUGCUAUCUUCCAUCAAACAAACUAUAUGAAUGAAAUCUCUCACAGAAAGCAAGCCAUGCGUGAGAAAUUGGGACGAUCGGUGAUCAUCUACCACGCGCAGCUUCAGAAACAGGUACAGAAACAGUUGGAACGAUCUUCUAGGGAACGUAUCAACGCGUUGAAGAAUAAUGACGAAGAAGCAUAUAUGAAACUGAUAGAUGAACACAAGGACAAACGCAUCACUCAUCUAUUACGUCAAACCGAUAUGUUCCUUAGUUCAUUGACAAAAGCUGUCGUGGAUCAUCAGAAAGAUCAUAUCAACGAAGAAAUUUCGAUUGGUUCCGAUAUCUCGGUCGUUGAAAAUGAUAAUAUAAUCGAAACAUUGGACGGCAAGAAGGUCGACUAUCACGCAAUUGCCCAUAGGAUAGAGGAAGCGGUUGAACAACCAAACAUUUUAAUUGGAGGUGAAUUGAAGGACUAUCAACUUAAAGGUCUCCAAUGGAUGGUAUCGUUAUAUAACAAUCAUUUGAACGGUAUCUUAGCUGAUGAGAUGGGUUUGGGGAAGACAAUUCAGACGAUAUCCCUUAUCACUUAUCUGAUAGAGAAGAAACAACAGAACGGACCUUACCUGAUCGUCGUGCCAUUGUCGACUAUGACCAAUUGGCAAUUGGAAUUCGAAAAAUGGGCGCCCUCGGUCAAGAUAUGCACAUAUAAGGGAACUCCCGCCAAUCGUAAAAUAAUUCAGCGGCAGUAUCUGAAGAACUUGAAUUGUCAAGUCUUCCUCACCACCUAUGAGUAUGUCAUCAAAGACAAAGCGGUCUUGAAUAAACCACGAUGGCUAUACUGCAUUAUCGACGAGGGUCAUCGAAUGAAGAACACAAAUUCAAAACUUUCCGUGGUGCUGAGUAAUGAAUAUACCCUUAGAUAUAGACUCAUUCUUACGGGUACCCCUCUGCAGAAUAAUUUGCCCGAGUUAUGGUCGUUGUUAAAUUUCAUCUUGCCAAAGAUUUUCAAUUCGGUUAAUAGUUUUGAGGAGUGGUUUAACACUCCAUUUGCGAAUACCGGGGGACAGGAUAAAAUUGCAUUGAACGAAGAGGAAAGUCUCUUGAUCAUUCGACGUUUGCACAAGGUGCUUCGACCUUUCCUCCUUCGUCGUUUGAAGAAAGAUGUCGAAUCUCAGCUACCCGAUAAGGUGGAACGAAUCAUCAAGGUUAAGUUAUCUGCGCUUCAGCAAAAAUUGUAUAACCAGAUGAAAACACAUGGUGCAAUCUUUGUCGGCACCGGUGAGAGGGGUAAAACGGGUGUUAGAAGUCAUAGGAAUACUGUGAUGCAAUUACGUAAGAUCUGCAACCAUCCGUUCGUAUUCUCAGAGGUCGAAAAAGAUAUCAAUCCGAACAACGAGAAUAAUCACUUAUUGGUGAGAGUCUCUGGAAAAUUUGAUUUCCUGGAUCGAGUUCUUCCAAAGUAUUUUAAGGCAAAUCAUCGGGUCCUAUUAUUUUGUCAGAUGACCAACAUAUUGACUAUUAUGGAGGAUUUUCUCAAUUUUCGAGGAUAUAAAUAUCUACGAUUGGACGGUAGCGUUAAAUCAGAAGAACGAACGAUUUUGCUAAAGAAAUUUAACAGCCCCGAUUCUCCAUAUUUCAUAUUUUUACUGAGCACUCGUGCUGGUGGUUUAGGCUUAAAUUUGCAAUCAGCCGACACCGUCAUACUUUACGAUUCCGACUGGAAUCCACAUCAGGAUCUCCAAGCGCAGGAUCGUGCUCAUCGUGUUGGCCAGACCAAGAAGGUUCAAGUUUUGCGCCUUGUCACCCAAAAUUCGGUCGAGGAAAAAGUGCUCGCCAAAGCUCAGUUUAAACUUGACAUGGACGGUAAAGUUAUACAGGCCGGAAAAUUCGAUCACACGAGUACCGACAAGGCACGUGACGAGUUUCUGCGCUCUCUACUUGAAGGUGACAACAUCGAUGGUAAUAGUGCGGAUGAAAGAGAGGACCUUGAUGACGAUGAAAUCAACGAAAUCAUCUCACGAGAUGAAACGGAACUGGAAUUAUUCAGGCAAAUGGACAUUACCAGAAUUCGUGAAGAGACGGCCGAGUGGAAGGCAAAGGGGUUAUCUAUGCCUGAAAGAUUGAUACAGGAAUACGAAUUACCCGAGGUAUACCUCCGGGAAUACAAAACCAUCCCUGAUGACGGUGUGGAGUACGGUCGAGGGCAACGACAGCGUAAGGAGGUUAUCUACGAUGAUGGGCUAACUGAAGAUCAAUUCCUAAAUGCUGUCGAGAAUAACGUUGAUAUUGAAAACCUCAUCGCAAAGAAACAACUAUCGACUCGUCGUCGACAGGUAAAAAAGCAACUCAAACAAGAUACAGGGAACGUUGAAGAAUCCUCUCCGGUAAGAGCUCCCCGACGUCCGAAUAAGCGAAAGGCCGGAGACGACGAUGAAACCAUUGACGCUGACGAUGAUCUUUUGGACGAGGCAUCGACCAGCACGCGUCCAAGGAGAAAGCGCCGAAGCGUCAAUUACACCAUACCAAUAGACAUUCCCGAUGAGGCUGAGUCUGAAAACGUUCCCUUGAUACGUAGAAAUAAGAAGAAUCAUGAUCCUGUCGAAUUUAUGGACGAAUCUGUUACUCGGACAAAAAUCAAAUUGGAAAAGGGAGAAAAGACGGAGAGAAGGCGCAAAGAUUUUGACGACGAUAUUUCGAUUGAUGCUAUAGAGGUCGAGUCGGAACCGGAUGAUGCUCAAAGUAUCAAGAGCAAACGUAAAGGAAAAGGUCGUGACAAUGCCGAGACUACGGACGAACCCAUUACCAAGAUUACGGUUAAAAGUAAUGAAAAAGUGAAAUCCGAAGGGGAGAAUGUCGAACAAGGAGAAUUAUUUAAACACAAAACCAAAAACAAGAAAAAAAAAGGAUCCACCAUUAUUACUCUUUCACUUGAAAAAGGAGCAAAGGUUCGUAAAGUUGAGACGAUUUCUGGCGAUGAGUUGAAGCAAAAACGUCGUAAAACCAAAAAGAUUCUCGGCGAAGACAAUUCCGCGAUUAAUGAUCUUUUCACGGAAUGUCUUGCCGAGAUUGAAAAGGUGCGCGUCAAAUCACGUAAAGGCUAUCGCCAUCGUGCCGCACUAUUCUAUGAACUUCCGAGCCAAGAUGAAUAUCCCUACUAUUAUGAUCAAAUCAAGAAUCCGAUCUCUAUCAACAUAAUUCGUCAGAAAAUACUAGAUAACGAAUAUGAUAAUGCUGAGGAGUUUAAGCAGGACGUUGAAUUGAUGUUCUCGAAUGCAAAAUUUUUCAAUUUGGAAGGCUCCGAGGUUUACAACGACGCCAUCGUCAUGCAGAAAGUUUUUAUUGUCAAAUUUGAAUCGUCCUUUGGCAAAGUCCAAGAGGCCGUAACCGUCGAUAAAAGCUGA